UGGUGACGUAUCAGUUUCCCAGUGUGAUGACAUUAAAUCAACAGCCAGCUUAUGGUAACAUAGGAGCUAGCAUAGCAGCUAAUUUAGACAACAUCACGACGCAGUAACAAAAACACGCAACAACAAGAACACCACAACCAUAACGCAUGUACAGUAGAUUUGACCUGUACUUUAGAAUAGUGAUUCAAAACGUGUGCGUUUAGUAGCACUUGUGCUACGUGAGCUUCAUCUAGUGGUAGGCAAAAGAUCACUCCCUACAACAGUUUUGUAUUUAGUAUUUAACCUUUUAGUACAGUUGCUGCAUAUUUUAAGUAUGCAUUUGGGAAACUAUACAGAAGCAUUUAAUGUACGAUUUAAUGGAAUAAUUAGUUUUGCUACUCAUAUUUAUUUAAGCACAGUGUUAAUGUUAAAACUGUGUUACAGUGGCUGCCAAGAACAAUCAAACAAACCAAAAAGCUCGUUUUUUGAGGAACACCUGCGCUGGACCGACUAUGUGACUGUUUUCUGUUAUUUGUCAUUAUGGUGGUACGUGAUAUACUGUCAGAUGGUACGCCUUGUGAAAAAAUUUGAAAAGCAUUGCUCGGGACUAGAUGGCACAAACGUUACAGUGGAAACCGCACAAGUUGAUCAACUGUUGCGAGAGUUUUGAUUUGGUUGCCAUGACAACACAAGUCGCAUCCUUUUCCGUUUGCGGUCCACGUGAUGGAAGCCUGGCACGAGACAAGGCUACCCUCUGCUGGAUGCAUGCUGAACUAACUUGUCCAUUCUUAUUAUUUAGCCAUAUGUUAUGGAUUUAUUUUGAAUGAAUGUAACUUCAAUUAUGUUAAAAACCCUCCUUAUAUUAUAAACCACUUAAUGUUCAAAAUUAUUGGAGCGUUUGGAGGCUGAGCCUCGGUCACCAUGGUUACACAAGACCGGAAGUAAGGCCGUGUGUGUGUGUGUGUGUGUGCGUGUGGUCUACUCUGUGGUCGUUAGCAUGCUAACGGCCCCUUGCUAGCGUCUCUCUUUUGACGGGCGCUUUCUGAAGGUCCAAAGUCGUCCAACACGCGUGGGAGGAGACGUGAUGAGCGGUCAAAGAUGAGCGCUGAUGAUGUCACCAAGGGCGUGGCCUGCACAAUGAAGCCGCCGGUGUUCCUUCACUUUGGAGGCGGAGACGGCAAAAAGCAGGGAUGUUGCUCGGGUGUGUGCGUGAUCGAUGUCGCCCUGCCCCCGGGGAAAACUGUCAAUAUUGAGACGAUCACCUUUAAGAAUUUCUACACGGCCCUGGUCAGCGUGAGGCUGCAGAGGCGGAGCCCCGGCCAGGAGGGGGCGGCGGCUAAAUGGUGCACAGCCCUCCGGGACCGCCCCCUCAUGACCAACCCGCACACGGAGGCGGGUGCUCAGGACUACUACAGCAUUGACAGGAAGCAGAUGCAGGUCGAGCCAGAUGGCGUGUCGUCUGUGCGGCUGAUCCUCAAGCAGCCUUCGUCCGCCUGGUUGACCUUCAGCGUGCAGGACGUGCGCAUUUUCCCUCGCAUGCAACCCGAGCCUGACAAGGAGCUCUCUGAUUGGCUGUUGGCUUUGAACCUUGUUGAGCGACAGCUGCCUCCUACGCAGGACCCGCUGGACGUCGCGUCCGUGUCAUGCCGACUUCAGCAGAUGUGGGCCUUGAGCCAAGUCAUGCAGAGCAGUCAGAGACACGCCACCUCUGUCGGCCGCUUUGACGUGGAUGGCUGUUACGACAUUAAUUUAUUAUCUCUGACUUAAAACAGACUUGUUCUCGUAUGAAUUUAUGAUGUUGAGCUCGUGUUUCAUGUCAUAUUUUAGGUGACUCCAAGGUGUCUUUCCCAUUUCUAAAAUGUCGUAAUUAG